AUGGUCGAGAAGUCUGGAAAGAAGAACGUGGUCGUCAUCGGUGGUGGCUUUGCUGGCGGUACCGCUGCUCGCGAGUUGUCGAAGAAGCUCAGCGCAUCCCAGUAUAACAUCAUCCUCAUCGACGCCCGCCCCUUCUACACACAUCUUCCCGCCUUGGCGCGUAUCGCAGUCAGUGCCGAGGAUCAGUUGGAGGAGAAGGCGCUUUUCGGCUUCGAGAAGCUGUUCCACAAUGGUAAUGGUACCUUCAAGCAAGGCAAGGUCGUGUCCAUCGCGGAGGCGGCUCCUGGAAAGGGAGGGGAGGUCGUUCUCGAGAGUGGCGAGAGGGUAUCCUACUCCGCGCUCCUGAUCGCGACCGGUGCUAUCUGGCCCGAGAUCAUCCAACUUCCCGAGACGAAUUCGGCUACGAAGUCGCACAUCAGCACCUGGAGGAACAAGGUCGAGAAGGCUAACCACGUCGUGAUUGUCGGUGGCGGUGCGGUCGGAAUAGAGCUGGCGGGCGAAAUCAAAUAUGCGUACCCUAAAAAGAAGGUCACAAUCAUCCACCGUGACUCCCAGCUCCUCAACGCCGUCUACCCUGCCAAGUACCGCAAGGACAUCGAGCGCCGUGUACGCUCACGCAACAUCGAACUCCUCCUCGGCGACUCUAUCGACCUUCCCCCUUCAGAGAAUGUGAACGGCAUCUCUACCCGUAACGGCAAGAGCCUCCCAAAUGUCGACCUUGUGAUCCAAGCGUUCGGCUCGAAGCCUGCCACGAGCUUCAUCUCGUCGCUCGGCUCUGACGUCCUGACAUCAUCGGGCACGGUCCGAGUGAACGAGUUCCUCGAGGUCGUGGGCCACGCCGGCGUGUUCGCCGGGGGUGACAUUAUCGACUGGGAGGAGCAGAAGCAGGCAGCAAAGGCUGGCGGGCACGCCGCCAUCAUUGUUGCGAACAUCAUCUCGUUCCUCCAGGGCCAGCCGCUGAAGAAGGCGUACAAGGGCAGCCCUGAGCUGAUCCUCAUCCCGCUCGGCAAGAGCGGCGGUUCCGCAUACCUUGGUUUCCUGUGGGGCAUCAUCCUUGGUGACUGGUUUGCAAAGAUGAUGAAGGGCAAGGACCUCAUGGUCGGCAUGGCACGGGGUCAGCGUGGCCUCUAG